CGCGAUUGGCACCACGUCACUGGAGCUGCUUUCAAGACCAGCUGCCCGAACGAAGCAAGCAUCGACCGCUCAGAAUGAAUGAAGUAUCACAAGUGCUUACCCUCCCCUGUGGCCUGGGCCCACUCAAGCCGUGCUCGGCCUUUGCGGACAUGGGCACACACGAGCGAUAUUGGGCACCAUCCCGUCGUGAGCGAGCCAUGUUUGCUCUGGCGACCAAGAGCGCUGGGCCAUUGAAAUGGCUCGGACCUGCCGUUGAUUUCUUUUGCGCCUAUCCAUCGCUUGACCAGGUGCAGGCCUAUGUGCUUGAUCGCCGGGACCAGCCCAACGCGGCCGUCCUCCGCUGCAUGGCGUACCGCUGUAUCUCCGAAGUGAUGGGCCAGGCAGCAGACCAGGAGUGCAGGGAUUGGCUCAAGGGCGAGGCAAACGCCUGGCCGAUUGCUCACGAGCAGCUCUAUGAUCAGAGACGCACGCAGGCUUUUUCACCCACCAACGAGCGCCUCCGGCUGCUACAACAGCUUGCUGACUUCUUUGCGACGCAGCCGUCCAUGGAAGAAGUCCUGGCCUAUGUUUGUCGAGAACGCCGAUCAAACUCCUUCCUCAACGUUCUUACCAGAAUCUCAGGGGCCUACCUCUGUCAUGUCUGGGCUCGCAUACCCUAUGCUGAACCGCGCCCCUUGCAUGUGUGGCUGAUUCGUCACAUCUGGCUCGGCCCGGAAGAAUCAGUCAUCAACGUUUCAGCCGCUUGGCCUGAUGAGCUUCGCCACAUGUGCCGAUUUGAGCUUCGCUUGCUUAAACUCUACUACUACAAGGCUGAGCCCGUCAAAGCGAAACAACUUGAUCAACACCUGGGCCAGUGGUCCUGUCGCAACAUCUUUGUCUAUGCCGUUCGUACAAGCCGAGCACUUGAAUUGAUGCGCUAUCGAGUGUGUUCCCCCACCCCCCCCCCCGAAUGCAAGUUCAUGUGUGCCGAAACUGAAGCCGAGCACCUGGACCACCAGCCACAAGACACGUAUGGCGACGUCUACUCAGCCAACGCCACCGUACUUGCGGCUCCCCCGAAUGACCAGUACGGCACGAUAGCAGACCAAUACGCGAGCCCAGAGACAGCCUAUGGUGUGAUUGAAGACCAGGGCUGGAAGCAAGAGCACGUCUAUGGUGAUCCCAACCAGCAAGGGGGCGACCAUGACAAUCCUCACCCACCCGCGGUCAACUAUGGUCAACACCUCACCCCGGAGAAAGCCGCCGAGCUUUUUGGCCAAAUACUCAAUUCGACCGGUCAGCGGCAGCAAGCUCACCCAUCCGGGGACGAUGAUACCUAUGAUGUAGUGCCCCGCCCUCGACCCGUGGUGUCUGAUGCACCGCGCCCCCCUUUGAACCGCGUUGGACGAGCCCAUACCGCGCAGCCUCUCAGUGCCAAUUAUGUCGCCCCAGCUACGCUCACGGGCUCUCGCUACGGGCGCGCAUCCACCGAGCGUCCGUUGCCACCGGUCCCAGCUGCUGCUGCUGGUCGCACCCUGUUGCUCGACGCAGAUGAUCAGGUCUAUGACCCGACGUACGCCCAGAGCUCCACUGAUGCCAAUGACGACACUUACAUCCCAUCUGGGGGCGAUCGCGAUGGCUUUCGGAGGCCUACUUUUGUCCGAAACGUACCUCAGACUGCCGGCCUGGCCUUUGACCCUCGGCAAUGGGAAACGUCUGAUGUGCUCCGAUGGCUCAAAUUGCACCAGUUGGAUGACUUUAAGGAGAAGUUUUACAACAACGGCUUUGUGGGGCGCCAAAUCAUUGCACUGCGUGCUGAAGAUUUCAAUGAGCACGGUUUCACCCUGGAACGCUGCAUGGAUCUCAAAGGUCACUUGGCAGACCUGCGUCAACGCGUGGCGGACAUCAAGGCGCAAGCCCGAGCCGGGUCCCAGGCUGCCGCUGCAGCAUCGGGAGUCAGUGUGGCUGGUCCGCGGGCCAAGCCACCACCACCGACUCGCAACUCCUCGCUCCGUGAUGACGCGUCCGAAGCAGCAGAACAAGAGGGGGAGGAGGCAAUUUACGGUGCCCCAAGCAACACACUUGCCCCGCAGGUCCUGAUGAACAUGCCCACGCUGGCCGAGCGUAGCGUGGCCACACCCGGGGAAGAAGAUUGGCACCCGAGCCAGGCCGUGGCUCUUGUUCGACCCCCGCGCGCCACGGCCGUGCUCACACAGCAAGAAGAAUACACCGCCCUACCCUCUGCUGCGUCGGCUGGUCCGGAGGAAGAAGAGUAUGCAGUGUUACCACGGGCGCAAGCUACCGCAAUCAACCAACCCGAGGAGGAAUAUAGCGUUUUGCCAACUGCUUCCAUCUCACAUUCAACUGCGGCAGUCACCGCAGUGCAGGCGUCUGAGGAGGAGUAUACAGCUUUGCCCGCAGGCCCCGUCAGACGGGCACCACCGCCGGUCAAACCGCGUCCGCGCCCCACCUCUGAGCCGUUGGGAAGUCAGGCUCGUCCUCAAGUAGCUGUUAAACCUCGAGCAGGCACCGCCGUACCGAGCGAUCCAAAUCCAACGGCGCUGGGCAUCUAUGAGGUGCCGAGCAACACAAGUAGCCGCCAUGACUCGCACCAAAGUUCAUUUCGAGGUGAAACGCCGAGCCCAAGUCGACCCGUACUGUCGUCACGCAAGGCCUCCGUUGAUGCCACAGUGCCGGAGGAAGCGCUGUACGGUGAUCCCGCUCUCGGCAUUCAACCCAACCUAGGUAACGACAUGGUUGGUGGUAUGGACGCGGAGAACCCUGAGAGUUAUGGUGAGGCCAUCACGCAGGGUGCUGCUGAUCCGGAACCCGUGUACCACGAGGAAUUGCUUGAUGACUACGAACAUCCACGCGACUCAGCCUCCAUCCCCGACUACGGCAGCGAACUACCCGUCUACCACGAGUACUCAUAUCCCUACAACGUCAAUCGCAUGAAGGAGAUUGCUGAUCACGAUUACACGGUUGUGGAUGCGUAUGACUACUCCACUGUGGAUGAGCACCACGAGUUGCGGGCGGCUCCCGGCCAGGUAAUGACGGAUGACGGUGUCAUAUACGGAGCGCCGUCUUCCGACUACGAUCCUGGGUACGGCGACGUUCGAGACUUUGGGGCCGCACGACACCUCGCUGAGAACGAGGUGACUUAUGGCACGGGACACCACGAAAUUCGAGUGCAAGUCCCUCCGCCCCUGCCUGCCCAGCGGCCGAAAUCCGAGCAACGACAUCGUCAGCAACAAGAGCAACAGGAGCAACAGCAAGAAGGCUCCGAAGAAUCCAAGGCCCCGCCGGUACCUGCACCUCGCCCACGACCUACCCCCCGCCCGCGGCCCGGACCUCGAGGUGUGAUCAAUACACUGGCAACGGCUACUCCUCCGACUAGUGAGGAUGCGUAUGAACCAUUGGCUGUCACAGAGGCACCUAUGCGCCCCACGUCAACCAGCACUGAGGCUGCCACGGCUACCAAUGACAUCCCCGUGGAAGAGACACGGCACGAAUCUUUAUAUGGGGAUCAGCACAUCAUUGCUGCCAUCGUCAACGAGAGUGAGAAUGACACCGACUCGGCCGAUUUAGAAGACGUGGAAGAGGUUGUAGCUAGGCGUAGCAUCGUACAACCAGCAAGCUCGGAUCAGCAUGUCGUGCGCGCCGGCUACCAUCAACCCACGUCCCUGCAGCAAGAAAUGCUGUACGCUGAACCUAGUGCUGUGCUCUCACAGUCUGAUGGAACAUUGCCCGAGGACGAUAAGCACGAUGGCGACCGAGGCGAUGACAUUGCUGCGGCCGGUUCAGAUGAGAAGGAGCCAUUCUUACCCUCGGACCACUCGGCGAGUGAACUUGCGUCGGAGGCGAGUGAAAUGGGCUUGGCCAGCGAUUCUGGUGACCCUGUGCAGGAAACUGCAAUGCCCGUGUCUCAGGCGAUGGCAGGUGACACAGCAACACCUAGCGAAUUGGAUCAAGCAGAGGCCAUUGAACCGGAGGAAGGUCAUGAGCUCGAGCCAGUGGCGUUGCUGGACCGCGAUGAGCCAUAUGAGAACUUGUCGGGCGACGCCGAUCCCGUGACGGGCCAGGUACACAGCGGCGGCAUCAUUGACGAUUUGCCAUACCAGAACCUGUCUUCUUCGGCCAGCGGCCAGGUGGCAGCUGGCACACUAGAUGGCGACUUUGAGGAAGUGGAUCGCUCCGUUGUCAUCAUUGACGACGAUGCGUACGAGAAUCUCAAGGACGACCCUGGGGCGCUCGGUUUGGAGUUGGCACCCGACUCGGAGGAUGAGGCAGAGUUGUCAGAGGCUGCUGGAUCAUCGUCCGCUCGCGCCUCCAUGGAUGCAACCGCUGGCAUGCCAACACCUCCGCCCGCCCACCUUGGGGUGCAGCUCGCCAACGCUGGUCUUGAUACCUCUACAGUUGCCAUCAACCGCGAUGAGCCAUACGAGAACCUAAAGGAAGGCGUGCAACCGCACGAGGUGGGUUUAAACGACAACGAUGAGAUCGACAGCCCCAAGAUUGAUCACAAUGAGGGCUAUGAAAACUUACCCGACGCGGUGUCAGGCGACAUGCCUGAUGAGGCUAGCCAGGCUGAGGAGGCUGGCGAGGCGGAGGUGCCGACUGCAAUCUUGACUGCUGACGAUCUUGAAGCUUAUCAAAACCAAGAGGCUAUUGUAUCCCAUUACGGUACUAUUGGACAAGGCGCUGAGGACAGUGCUGUCACUCCCGACAUGUCAGGCAGCACCGAAAGUGAGGAUGAGGAUGAGGCUUUUGUAGGCGUUUCCAUUCGGGCAGAUGGGGUCUACGAGACAAUCGCAUGA